AUGUCAAAUCGAUUGGACGUUCUUGCCCAAAACAACAAUCGCCCACCAGACGAGGCUGUAUCAAAGGUCAAAGAACUGCUCUCUGGACCAUGGAAGCAGAUAGACGAUGCGAAGGCGGAAAUACGACGUCUAGAAAGUCGCGCCGAAGAACUAAGGCUAAAGGCAACGGAAAUUGAACAGUCGAUCACGCAUUAUGAGUGCAUUCUAGCUCCAGUGCGUCGUCUCCCCCCAGAGAUUCUUUAUGCAAUCUUCGAACAUAGUCUGCCGACUCACCGAAAUCCAACAAUGGUUGCUUCCGAAUGCCCCAUGCUUCUCACGCGCAUCUGCAGUAACUGGAGAAGUCUGGCUCUUUCUUCACCUCGGCUGUGGGCUCGAAUCCACAUUCCUUUUCUGACAGAGGGUGCUUUGGGAGAUAACACUCCUGAUUUCCUCACAUUUUCAUCAAGUGAGGUGUGUAAUGUCCUCCGACUCAGAUGCGAUGCUGUCUCAGAAUGGCUUCUCCGUUCUGGAGAUUGUUCCUUAUCGAUUUCUAUUUGUUUUGUCUCUGGAUUUGUCCGACAAGAGCAAGACAAAGUAGACAAAACCACUAUAACACUCUUUGAGAGAAUCUUGACGUUUGCUUCUCGUUUGAAAUGUCUGGAGCUGCACGUUCCCGAGCUUGUAUAUCUCGAACUGGAAAAAAUGAUACACAAUCUCCCUCUCCUUGGGCUUACGCAAGUAAAGGUAUCCGUGUCUGACCUACUGACGGAAGGCCAGCAAUUAUUCACCGGACUCCUUACAUCUCCCAACUUGCGCCACGUUUCGAUUGCUCCCCAUGCACUGCCCAACGGUCAAUUGUUCAGAAACAUUUUCGCAUAUGAAAACAAGAUCACGCAUCUCUCCAAUCACACCUAUUGCACUGCUCAGGAGGUAUUGUCAUUGCUGAAGAUGUGCCCUUACCUCCAUCAUGGGGAAUUCUCUCUAAUCUAUUCGGACCUCGAAAGGCGUCCUGGAGAAACGAUAAAUAUGCAGUACCUUGCUUCGUUGUGGAUCACAGAAAUUAAUCCGAAUUCUUCAGCUAGCCACGGUAUUUAUGAUUUGAUAAACGCACCAAAGCUACAAUAUUUCGACUAUAAAACCCAAGGGAGUGUUGUUCCAUACGGCGAAGAUGAUCACGAUUUCCCUUCAGUUCGAAUGUUCAUUGAAAGGACACCAAAGUUACUCCAACUCUCCAUUGGAAGGUUCAUCUUCUCCCCUACUGUUCUCUACAACUUUCUUCACGCCAUCUCAACAUCUUUGGUCAGGUUGGUUUUCAACGCACUGAACGUCCACUACACAAUGAAGAUUCUAGACCCAUUUGACCUUCGUUGCCUGAUUGCUCGGAUCGACACUGACUCGAGGACGGUCCUUUUGCCUCGAUUGGAAAUUUUAGAGUUAUACAGGACACGAGUAUCGGAUGAUGAUAUUUUAGAGUUUGCCACCAGCCGUAUGGGUACAAUACCCAAUGUUGCAAAACUGAGAAUGGUGAAGAUAGUUUUGGACCGCAGAAGGGCUCCGAACAACCCCGAUAUUCAGUUGGCGGUAAAGAAACGAUCACACGAGCUGGGUAUCCAUAUCGACUUGCAGCUGGAGUAUCUGCGUCCUGCGGAACAGGUACCAGGCUAUGUUGGUUUCCUCUCACCAAUGCAUAUCUCUAACACUGCCUAUGGAGCACGAGAUACGGUGGAUCGUACAUGGAUAUUUAGAGAACAUGAUGAUGGAGAUGGGUAUAUCACGGUUUAG